ACCACACACCUUCACUCUCUUUGGAAGAAAAUGUCCCCGGACACCUGGCUCAGCCAGGCCCUGGUGUUCUAGAUUUUUGCAAAGAAUCCAUGCCCUGGACACUCAGACACGGCGGUCAGUGUCAGAGGCCUUUGAUCACCUCAGACCCCACCUCCUGUGUCAACCCAUGUGGCACUCGUCACUUUGUCAGCAUUUGGGAUUCCCCCAUCCAGGGCCAGCCAGUAGUGGUCCCCAUGGAGUGGGGGUCAGGGCAGGGAGCAGGGCAGACCCAGCCUGACUCCUUCAGCCACCCGUGUUCAACUGUGGCUGACCCCUGUCUUUCAUGGGAAGGGCCAGCCCGUGACCUUCCUCCCAGUUUGUGCAGGGGUCGGCCCCCAUCUGUGCAAGGGGCACUGGGUACACCAGAGGACACACCUGGGAGUCGAGAGCACCCACCCCACUCCCUGAGGGGAAGCCAGCUCACAGGGAGCCCUGCCUGUCCUCCCCGGGCACUUCUACAGGAACCCUUGGUUAUACCGGGCUCUUAUGGUGCAGACCCCAGCCCAGCUGCCAAGCAAGAGCGGUGGGUACCGAUGGGGCUGCAGACCCAGGAAACUUACAGGUGGGUGAGAGGACGGGCGCCAAGUGUCCAGCACCCAGGUGGCCGCCUAAGAGACGCCAUUCCAGAGGCCCCACAGCUUAGCCCCUUUCCCACCCCUGACUCCAAGGACAGCUCUCCAGGCACUGGCAGCAGCCACAGCGACAGCCCAGCUGAGCCCACAAGGCAGAGCAAGGACAGACUGGCUAUCCCAGCCCCAAGUGAUGUGAGCAGACUGCAGGGGCAACCCAGCACCACCCUGCCUCACUGCCCUCCUGACCCUGCCUGGCCACCUGCAUCCAUGCAGAGCAGCCAUGACCUCCAGCUCCAGAUUCCAAUGGAAGUCACCCCCGCAGGACUGUGACCCACCGAGGAGCAGAUGCGCCUCAGCAGUGUCUGCUGAUACAGGUCCUCACGUGGCAGGGAUGCCUCAGGGCUCAGCGGGAAUGCAGAGCAGUUUCCCUGAACCCAGCUGCCCCAUGGAGCUGCAUCUGAAGCCCCACACACACACAAAGCUUCUUCUGGGUUUUCCACCCCUUUCUCAUUGUGACACUGUCAACCCUCACUUCUGGGCUCUCAGCCUCCCUUCUCUGGGGGCCCUGAGCUCACAUCCCUUUCCAAUUUUUUGUUCUCCAUCUGUUAUAGGUUAGAAAAUCAGAAGAUCAAAUUUGUUAGACUUACAUCUGAAACCAAAGUAAAUAGAUUCCUGAUUCAAGCCUUGAACUUCCACCUUCUAUAAACAAGUAUCAAUUUCAGAGUCCUUGGACUAACCCCGUCU